AUGGCGACCGACCAGAACGAAGAAGAAGGAGGUUAUCGUUGGUUAAACCAGUAUGAAAGAACCUGGUACGUAUCAUUGAUGUCUUAAGUAUCUGAUAUCUCUCCCGUUUUACAAAUAAACGGCGAUUUGUUUGACACAACUUAAAAGUCUUGCAACUACAACUCGACCAAUCAGCUCAUUAAAAUCUUCCAUAUUAUAUCUAUUGUGACCAGUGUUUUCAUAUAUUCUUGUUGACCGAUCGGUAAAGACCUUUACCUAAUAAAAAUCAAGAAACUUUACGGAAUUAAGGGGAAAAUAUGAUUUCACUAAUUUCGCCUCUAGAUGGUUGAGAUGUACAAAAAUCCUUAGCAGCCAUGCAUGGGGUUCAAGGCCCGGGGGAGGGGGGGGGGGGGGACUGUAGGAAUUUCUGGGUGGGGAUGUGCCGCUGGGACCCUGGAACCCUUAACCUAUACCAGAGCUAGUUCAGCUGAAUUUUGCUACCCUAUACUAGAGUUAACUCCCCAAAUCCCCCCUAUCCUAGAGUAGCUGUUUUUCAGAAACUACUGAGGUCACUAGCCAAGUCUAGCCAGAACAAAACCUUAUACCACAAUCCCUAGUCUAGAUAAAAUCUUCAACCAACUGGUCAAUUUCCUGAAAAAUAAUACCCUAUUCUAGACCCAAACGUUCUGAUUUAUAUACCCUAUCCUAGAGUAAACUGCUUGAAAACCAUACCCUUCACGGUGGCACAUACCUAUACAGCCCCUAUAUGGCAGUACCCCCCCCCCCCUGGGAUUCAAGGGUUCUAUCAGGGAAAAGGUUUGGUGCUGAUUGUUGUCUUAAAGUAUAAAAAUGAGAGGUGGAAUGGUGGUUUUGCAUAUGGUGGUUAUUGGUUUGCUCCAUGGUAAACUACAUAAAAUAGGGGCGCUCAACCACCUUUGCAUCCAUUUCUGAGAUGUGCUAUAUAUUUAAUAAGCCACUAUAUUAUUCAUUCAAAAUCUUUCCCCGUUUCUGAUUGGUUAAAACCACACACAUAAUUCACCACAGCCAGCUACUGUUGACCAAAUUUGGCAAGAAUUUUGUCAUAUUGAACCGAUGAUGUCAAAAUGACGUCAAAAGUGCAGCCUGGUAGCAGGUUAUUUAAUCGUUGACUGUGAAAACCUGGGGAUGAGGUUGAGUUGUUUUGGUAGUUAGAACAAAAUUGCGGAACAAUCGGUGGAACUUUUUACUUGUUUCACGUUUCUACUCAGUCUCAUUCAAUAAUAAUUGCUAAAUGUUAAAAUAUGGGCUAGGCUAUCAACAGACUGACCACAGAUGGCACUUAACUUCUGGUUAAAAGAAAAAUAAAAAUUACCUGAGAUAAAAAAUUUGCUGCAAUACAGCACUGCCUAAGCUUUGCAGACAUUACUAACUGGGGUUCUUGGUUACAUCAGUGAUGCAAGCUAGUCAUCCACUGCCAAAUGAAACCUUCAGUUAUGCAGGCCCAUGUUGAUAUUAGACUCCGUGCAUUUUUAAACAGACAUGACUGUCAGUUAGUUUAUUUGCCACAGCUUUGACAUUCCUUUCUUGCUGUAAAGGGAAGUUAUUCAAGAAGAUGCAGAGGGCUCGCUUCAGACUGUGGUUGAUGAGAUAUCACACAGGACUAAAAGGCGAAGGUGCGUGAUUGGCUCUGCCAAUGAAAGUGCUGGAUAGUCAUAACUUGAGUACAUGAAACUGAUUUUUGGGUUGUCACUAAGGCAGAGAUGCCAACCUCCAGAGAUCUAAAAUCUGGAGAUUCUUUCUUUUGCUCUAGACCUCCCCCUCCCCCCCUCCCCACCCACAAAUUAAUCCAGCCACCAAAUUAUGACAUGACAUGGGUAUGGCUGAGGACAUUGCAUGAAGUCUUGCAUGAAGUUCAUACUAUCAAAAUUUGCUUUCAUCAUUGUAAUGAUAAAAUAAUCUUUGCCAGUUACUUAAUACAACCAAAAGUGUCCCAGAAACUGUACAAUGAAAACAGAUCUAAUUUUGAGAAAAAAAUGGGCUAAAUUUCAAACUAAAGACAGAAAAGCUGAAAUGUCCAUUUUAUCUGGGAGAUUUGGUGUCCCAAACAGGAGAGCGAGAGAUCAGUGCCGUAUCUGGGAGACUACCGGAUAGUCAAGGAGAGUUGGCAUACAUGUAUAUGCUAGGGACCAUGCUGUGGAUUUCCCCCGGCUCCCAUGAGCUUAAUCCCCAGCUACUUUUAUAGGAGACAAAAGAAAACUAUAAUAAAUAGUUCCAACUUCUUAGUUGUUCAAUUCCCUGCCUACUAAUUGCACAUACCCUGGCAGCAAGUCUAGCCAGAUAUAAGAAAAACCCAUCAUCACCCAUGGUCUUAAAUGGCACUGAAUGCCUUUUAAUUGACACUGGUAUUUGCAAUUUUUUUUUAGACUUAUGGGGAGAAGCAGCAACAUUCGACUUGGGAUGGUAAGGGAAAAAAAAACAUAACAAAAUUAUAAAAUUUUGUUGCAUAAAUGGUUUAUACUUGUAAUGGCUUCAUUCAGUAUUGUUUUCUUUUUUUGUAAUUUUUGUGAUUUUAGAUGCGCCAUCUCUUUGUUGUUGUGGACAUGUCUCGAGCAAUGGAAGAAGCAGAUCUGAAACCCUCCCGUCUUGCCUCUUCUGCGAAGGUGAGGAUUAUUACUGUUAAAUGUUGUACAAUACAUGUAGGUACAAGAAAUGAAGUCUAACUGUUAACUGUUUUGUUCCAGAAAAUAUCCAUACACCCCCCAUAGAUGGUUUUCUGGUUUGAACACCCCCCUGUUGGAAAUUCCGGUUUAGUUUCAUCCUUUUUUUUCUAAUUUUGGCCCUUGAGACCCCGCUCUAACAGUGAGGGUUGUCAGAAAGUUUUGAAGUAGAUGGCUGAGGUGUCAAAGUAAGCAGCUGGAGUCCAGGGAUAUUUUAGUUAAAAAAAGCCAUCCGUAAAGAAAUGCCAAGCAGAGUAGCCAGCCGAUACUAACCAAGUGGGUUAGCGGUGUCAGCGAUUUUUGCUGGCAGCCAGCUACUUCUGACAACCCUGAGCAGUAUGGACAACUGUCAACCAUACUUGUCAUUUCAAUCCCAUCUAUUCUGAGUCUGGCGCAGAAAACCUCAGAUUCAUAAUAAUGGAGGCAUCAUAAUAGACCGUCAGUCAUUUGUUCAGUGCCAUAUGUCAUAUGUAAAUAGACUGAAAGUGGCUUCAUAGCCAGCUUCAGCUUAGAUCUCAGACUCAUUUCUGUAUAUUUUUAGGUAUAUUUUAUGCACUUUCUUCAAGACCAAAAAUACCAUAAAGAUGUUCUGUUCUGCAUUAUGUACUCUAGUACUGUAGGGCUAUAUGGAAGAUGUAGUACAAGCAAUGUGCAUUUUAAGAACAUAUAAGUACUGUUAAAAAGAACUGCAUUGUUUAUUUUUUUAUUUAUUUUUUUCAUGUGUUUCUUAUUCUUUUAGCUCUUAGAAGAUUUUAUAACUGAAUAUUUUGAUCAGAAUCCUAUUUCACAGGUAAAUGUUAUUACAAAGUGCUUUUAAACACUGGCUUGAAUUUUAUCAGCCUGUCUGUGUUAAAUCUUCUUAAAGUUUUCAAUUCCCAUAUUUUAAUCUUGUUAUACAUUGUUCUCUGCAAUUUAUAUUUUUGUGGCACAUCUAGAUUGGUCUUAUUGUGACCAGGAACAAGAGAGCUGAGAAAAUAACAGAAUUAAGUGGUGAGUUUUUGGAACAAAUAGGACAAACCUAUGCCCAUGUUUUGUCAGGGUGUGAAGUAUUUUUGCUUGCUUAAGCAAUUGCAAGUCUACAUGGCAGAUCAAUUUCCUAAAACACAAAAGAAAUGUAAACGCAUAUUUAAAUUAAUAUAAAUUAUCUUUCGGCGUUGUCUACCUGCACAGGUAACCCACAGCUACAUACCAGCAGUCUUCGCAAGGCUGCGAGUAAGGCUUGCACAGGGGAACCAUCUUUACAAAACGCCAUGGAAGUUGCCAUUCAGUCACUAAGGUAACAUACAACUGUAGUUUAUUUCAGUUCAUUGUAGCCAAAGUGUUUCUAGAGGUGAAUAUUAAUAUUUUUUGUUUUUUUUAUCAUUUUUUUUUGUUUGGCGGGGAAGUGGGGACGGGGGGGGGAGGGGGAGGUGAUAUUAGUAUCAAUACAUGUAAAUCAGAUACAAUUCAUUUUUCUGCAAUUAAAUUUAGGCACAUGCCUAGUCAUGCCAGCAGGGAAAUCCUCGUUUUGUUUGGUAGCCUCACAUCGUGUGACCCUGGAGACAUCCAUGAGACAAUACAGGUAAUGUAUCUAAGUUACUGGCUACUACAAGCAGGAUAAAAUUUAGCUAGUCCUUUGGAAAAGCAGAGCUUUAAUUUUGCUUACCCAGGCCCAUUGUCUAAGUUUAUGAUCCAUCAGCCUCAGCCUUGACCCCGUUUUAAGUCCAAGAGUAAGCAACAUCAGUUUUGUUUUUGUUUUGUCACAAGGUUGACCUUCUAUGAGAAACUGUUGAUUGGGAAGAAACAAGUGCCCAUUGUCUGUAUUAACAGGUGUCUGUAUUAUUGAGUAGGUUGAAAUUAGAGAAAAUGCAAGGGCUUUCCCCCGUGACAAAGAAAACUGUCUGUAAUAAUAUAUUGAGGUGUCCGUAUUAAGUGGAUGUCUGGUACGAAAAGUGGGGUUCGACUGUAUGUAUUAACUUUUAUUGAAAUGAUUUAGACUUUACAACAGCAAAACAUACGAUGCUCUGUCAUUGGACUGGCGGCGGAAGUGCGAGUUUGUAGAACAGUUUGUUCUGAGACACAAGGUGAGAAAGAUCAUGCAAUAUGAAAUUUUAAAGUAAAGGAUAAAAAACCUACUUUAAAAUGUGCAUUUCUUACUGUUAUGUUAAAAUUAAUAGGCAGCUAUGGAGUGAUUCUAGAUGAAAGACAUUACAAGGAACUUCUAAUGCAGCAUGUAAUUCCACCUGUGGCAAAGGUAUGCACAAGUUAAUUAUUUUUCCUUGUUCUUGUACUUAGACUGUUCACAAUCCCCUAUUUUUCUGUAAGGUACUUACGAAACCAAGAUGGCCACUAGUAAGGGAAAUUGCUCAAUCUCGACGAUCUUAUUCUAAUUCUAAAUUUGUUUAAUAUGCAAAAGGCAUGGCCCAUCAAAGCAGAUGUGCAAAUGUGCUUGUGCCAGUGCUAAAAUAUGAGACAAGGUGUGAAGUUUGAAUUAAUAAUGAUAAUGAUGAUGAUGAUGAUGAUGAUGAUGAUAAUUAUAACAAUAAUAAAAGUUCUGGACUAUCCGGUACUGCAAAUUCUAAUUAGCGUUUUACCAUAAGUUAACAAGUCAUUGUCAUAGCAUAUUGCCCUCACUUGCUUUGUUCUUAAUAUUAAUUUGAAAACUUUGCAAUAACAUGAUCUUUUAAUACAGUAACAUCGAAAAGUGUAUUCUAUUUGUUACAGGUCGACACUGAAGCUGCUUUGAUACGAAUGGGUAAGAACUCUUUCAGCAUAAACGUGCACUAUUGGCCAUUUUUACGGUUGCGUUCGAGACUGGGUCAGCUUUGUGUCAGAUUGUAAUCCCAUAGUGUAGUUCGACACAACAGUGAACAGCCAAUAAGUGAACAUUAUAAAACACUCGUACUCAUGAUUUAGUUCUUUAAUAACGAAACAGCACUGUCUUUCCUUGAUUUGAAUAUCGUUUUCUCACGUAACUGUUUUGUAUCUUGGUAGGUUUUCCUCAACAUCUUUCAAGUGGACCACCUUCCUUGUGCAUGUGGUGAGAAUAUCUUUUAAAGAAUUUUUAAAAGUCAGAUUGUUAGAUUUAGUGUUAGAAGACGGAAAGGACAGUACCGAAGCUCUGAGGCCCUCUUAAAAAUUAAAUGACUGAGCACGUAUUGCGAGCGAGGAACAUCAAAAAUAUGUAUGAUGUUGAUUUAAUGCCCCCUCUCAUUGUUUCAGAACCAGCAGGUCGUUUUUGUGUUUACUGAAGUUAAAAAGUAGCAUUAUCCUCGUUUCUUCACAAUCUUGCAUCUAGCAAGACUUAAGUGUGGAUGAUUAAUUAAUAACUACUUUGUAUUCUUCAUUCUUCCCGGGUGUAUACAAACCAAUUUAAUGACCAGCUCCCAUUUGGCUUGUUAGCUUAACUGAUUAGAGUGCUGCACCGGUUUCGCAGAGGUCUCGGUUUGAAUCCCGGCAAGCCUGAAUUUUUUUUAGGCUUUCUUUUGCAACUGGGUAAGUUAUGAAUUUAACUGUGAUGAUAUAAAACAUUGCUAACAAGGUUAUGAUUGGUAAGGGAAUCUUCUUGGAGUUUUCUGCAGUAAUGUUUGUAACAUUAAAGUGUUAUGUUCAAUUUUAGUUUUCUAGUUGAAAAAGGUUAAAGAUUUGUUGCAACAAACCACACAGUGUAAUAACACUGAAGAAGUUUAUUCACCAUUUAACUAUUUAUUGUAUGUUUUUCUUUUAGUCAUUUGGAUGUCAACGGAGGGGUUAAAGGUUUCAGUACAUCAGGGUAUUUUUGUCCACAGGUAUGUCAAGUUGCUAAAAUUUCUUAGCUAGUGUGCCAACCUCAGAUUGGCUAGAAUUUAGAUUCUUCACUUGAUUUAUGAAAUGGAAUCGAUUUAGAUUUUUGAUGGCUUGACAGUGAAACUAACAAUUCAGCUGACUCUAAAACGGCUGCAGUUUUUUGCCAAAUGAUGUUGAUGUAUAGUCCAUGGCUCUACUGUCAUUGGCGCCUUAAAAACCAACAUCCCUCAAGACCCUUACCAUGCAGAAUUUAUUGCAGUGUUUCCUUUGUAUUUUUGCUUUGCAGUGUAAAAGCAAGUAUUGUGAUUUACCUGUAGAAUGUAAAGUAUGUGGUAAGUAACAUACGGGUGUAGUGGUUUAAAUAAUAGCUUUUGCUACAUUCUAAAUGCACAGGUGCAACCGGGUCUUAGGACACUUAGCCACGGGCUGCACGCACCCCACGUUGGACUAGUCUUACUUAGACGGCAAUCGUAGAACGUCAUCUUUUCUCACAAAUGAUUCAUUUUUAGAAGAUAAAUUCUCCUAGUCUUCACUAUAAUAUUUUUCAUUUUGUUUUAACACUACUUAAGUCUGUUUUAAUAACGGUCCCAUGCGUUUAGGUCUAGUUUAUAUGAAGACGCAAGCAAAAUCACAAAGAAGUGAGACACUUUCCGUAGAUAAUCGACCCUUUGUUGUAAAAACGGCCGUAAGUCUUGAGUCCUAACGGUCAAGCUGCUACUGUUUUUAAAAAUAUAUAUAUAUUUUUUAUUUUAUUGUUUUAAGGAAGAAGGUUACGUGUCGAGCUGGGUGCAAACUGGUGAAAACUCCUUUCCCUCAUUUUGCAGGCUUAACUCUUGUAUCAGCUCCUCAUCUGGCUCGAUCCUACCAACAUCUUUUCCCUCUACCGCAGUUCACAGAAAGAGAUUUGUCAGCGAUCGAGGACAAUCAAAACAUCAGGUAGUAGAGCAAAAGUUGUGCUGCUGUAUUACUUAGUAAUUCUGUCGUAAUUAAUAGGCGGUGAUCUAUUCGUUUCUUUUUGAAAGACAUUUUUAUCAAAAUACACUGCAAUGUGCUAAAAUUUAGUUUUCAAUCCCAUUUUGCUGUAUCCAGUUGCAAAUAUACUGGAGAUAAUAUACCUUUUUGGGGGCUCAAAUGGCCUGCCCAUGAUCUUGUUCUUGUGAUCCCCCCUUCUCCCCUAGUCAAGUUUGUUAGCAAUACGAGAUCAUGUUCUUAGGGCGCGAUCCAUUCAACCAAAAUUCCAACCGGUCCGACCGGGAAAAGUGGUCCACCUCAAAAGGUGGACCCGUUUUUUCGAAACUUUUCCGGUUGGACCGAACCGAUCCAUUGAGUUUUGGACCGAAAUUAUCCAUACACCCCCCAUAGAUGGUUUUCUGGUUUGAACACCCCCCUGUUGGAAAUUCCGGUUUAGUUUCAUCCUUUUUUUUCUAAUUUUGGCCCUUGAGACCCCGCUCUAACAGUGAGGGUUGUCAGAAAGUUUUGAAGUAGAUGGCUGAGGUGUCAAAGUAAGCAGCUGGAGUCCAGGGAUAUUUUAGUUAAAAAAAGCCAUCCGUAAAGAAAUGCCAAGCAGAGUAGCCAGCCGAUACUAACCAAGUGGGUUAGCGGUGUCAGCGAUUUUUGCUGGCAGCCAGCUACUUCUGACAACCCUGAGCAGUAUGGACAACUGUCAACCAUACUUGUCAUUUCAAUCCCAUCUAUUCUGAGUCUGGCGCAGAAAACCUCAGAUUCAUAAUAAUGGAGGCAUCAUAAUAGACCGUCAGUCAUUUGUUCAGUGCCAUAUGUCAUAUGUAAAUAGACUGAAAGUGGCUUCAUAGCCAGCUUCAGCUUAGAUCUCAGACUCAUUUCUGUAUAUUUUUAGGUAUAUUUUAUGCACUUUCUUCAAGACCAAAAAUACCAUAAAGAUGUUCUGUUCUGCAUUAUGUACUCUAGUACUGUAGGGCUAUAUGGAAGAUGUAGUACAAGCAAUGUGCAUUUUAAGAACAUAUAAGUACUGUUAAAAAGAACUGCAUUGUUUAUUUUUUUAUUUAUUUUUUUCAUGUGUUUCUUAUUCUUUUAGCUCUUAGAAGAUUUUAUAACUGAAUAUUUUGAUCAGAAUCCUAUUUCACAGGUAAAUGUUAUUACAAAGUGCUUUUAAACACUGGCUUGAAUUUUAUCAGCCUGUCUGUGUUAAAUCUUCUUAAAGUUUUCAAUUCCCAUAUUUUAAUCUUGUUAUACAUUGUUCUCUGCAAUUUAUAUUUUUGUGGCACAUCUAGAUUGGUCUUAUUGUGACCAGGAACAAGAGAGCUGAGAAAAUAACAGAAUUAAGUGGUGAGUUUUUGGAACAAAUAGGACAAACCUAUGCCCAUGUUUUGUCAGGGUGUGAAGUAUUUUUGCUUGCUUAAGCAAUUGCAAGUCUACAUGGCAGAUCAAUUUCCUAAAACACAAAAGAAAUGUAAACGCAUAUUUAAAUUAAUAUAAAUUAUCUUUCGGCGUUGUCUACCUGCACAGGUAACCCACAGCUACAUACCAGCAGUCUUCGCAAGGCUGCGAGUAAGGCUUGCACAGGGGAACCAUCUUUACAAAACGCCAUGGAAGUUGCCAUUCAGUCACUAAGGUAACAUACAACUGUAGUUUAUUUCAGUUCAUUGUAGCCAAAGUGUUUCUAGAGGUGAAUAUUAAUAUUUUUUGUUUUUUUUAUCAUUUUUUUUUUGUUUGGCGGGGAAGUGGGGGCGGGGGGGGGGGGGGUGAUAUUAGUAUCAAUACAUGUAAAUCAGAUACAAUUCAUUUUUCUGCAAUUAAAUUUAGGCACAUGCCUAGUCAUGCCAGCAGGGAAAUCCUCGUUUUGUUUGGUAGCCUCACAUCGUGUGACCCUGGAGACAUCCAUGAGACAAUACAGGUAAUGUAUCUAAGUUACUGGCUACUACAAGCAGGAUAAAAUUUAGCUAGUCCUUUGGAAAAGCAGAGCUUUAAUUUUGCUUACCCAGGCCCAUUGUCUAAGUUUAUGAUCCAUCAGCCUCAGCCUUGACCCCGUUUUAAGUCCAAGAGUAAGCAACAUCAGUUUUGUUUUUGUUUUGUCACAAGGUUGACCUUCUAUGAGAAACUGUUGAUUGGGAAGAAACAAGUGCCCAUUGUCUGUAUUAACAGGUGUCUGUAUUAUUGAGUAGGUUGAAAUUAGAGAAAAUGCAAGGGCUUUCCCCCGUGACAAAGAAAACUGUCUGUAAUAAUAUAUUGAGGUGUCCGUAUUAAGUGGAUGUCUGGUACGAAAAGUGGGGUUCGACUGUAUGUAUUAACUUUUAUUGAAAUGAUUUAGACUUUACAACAGCAAAACAUACGAUGCUCUGUCAUUGGACUGGCGGCGGAAGUGCGAGUUUGUAGAACAGUUUGUUCUGAGACACAAGGUGAGAAAGAUCAUGCAAUAUGAAAUUUUAAAGUAAAGGAUAAAAAACCUACUUUAAAAUGUGCAUUUCUUACUGUUAUGUUAAAAUUAAUAGGCAGCUAUGGAGUGAUUCUAGAUGAAAGACAUUACAAGGAACUUCUAAUGCAGCAUGUAAUUCCACCUGUGGCAAAGGUAUGCACAAGUUAAUUAUUUUUCCUUGUUCUUGUACUUAGACUGUUCACAAUCCCCUAUUUUUCUGUAAGGUACUUACGAAACCAAGAUGGCCACUAGUAAGGGAAAUUGCUCAAUCUCGACGAUCUUAUUCUAAUUCUAAAUUUGUUUAAUAUGCAAAAGGCAUGGCCCAUCAAAGCAGAUGUGCAAAUGUGCUUGUGCCAGUGCUAAAAUAUGAGACAAGGUGUGAAGUUUGAAUUAAUAAUGAUAAUGAUGAUGAUGAUGAUGAUGAUGAUGAUAAUUAUAACAAUAAUAAAAGUUCUGGACUAUCCGGUACUGCAAAUUCUAAUUAGCGUUUUACCAUAAGUUAACAAGUCAUUGUCAUAGCAUAUUGCCCUCACUUGCUUUGUUCUUAAUAUUAAUUUGAAAACUUUGCAAUAACAUGAUCUUUUAAUACAGUAACAUCGAAAAGUGUAUUCUAUUUGUUACAGGUCGACACUGAAGCUGCUUUGAUACGAAUGGGUAAGAACUCUUUCAGCAUAAACGUGCACUAUUGGCCAUUUUUACGGUUGCGUUCGAGACUGGGUCAGCUUUGUGUCAGAUUGUAAUCCCAUAGUGUAGUUCGACACAACAGUGAACAGCCAAUAAGUGAACAUUAUAAAACACUCGUACUCAUGAUUUAGUUCUUUAAUAACGAAACAGCACUGUCUUUCCUUGAUUUGAAUAUCGUUUUCUCACGUAACUGUUUUGUAUCUUGGUAGGUUUUCCUCAACAUCUUUCAAGUGGACCACCUUCCUUGUGCAUGUGGUGAGAAUAUCUUUUAAAGAAUUUUUAAAAGUCAGAUUGUUAGAUUUAGUGUUAGAAGACGGAAAGGACAGUACCGAAGCUCUGAGGCCCUCUUAAAAAUUAAAUGACUGAGCACGUAUUGCGAGCGAGGAACAUCAAAAAUAUGUAUGAUGUUGAUUUAAUGCCCCCUCUCAUUGUUUCAGAACCAGCAGGUCGUUUUUGUGUUUACUGAAGUUAAAAAGUAGCAUUAUCCUCGUUUCUUCACAAUCUUGCAUCUAGCAAGACUUAAGUGUGGAUGAUUAAUUAAUAACUACUUUGUAUUCUUCAUUCUUCCCGGGUGUAUACAAACCAAUUUAAUGACCAGCUCCCAUUUGGCUUGUUAGCUUAACUGAUUAGAGUGCUGCACCGGUUUCGCAGAGGUCUCGGUUUGAAUCCCGGCAAGCCUGAAUUUUUUUUAGGCUUUCUUUUGCAACUGGGUAAGUUAUGAAUUUAACUGUGAUGAUAUAAAACAUUGCUAACAAGGUUAUGAUUGGUAAGGGAAUCUUCUUGGAGUUUUCUGCAGUAAUGUUUGUAACAUUAAAGUGUUAUGUUCAAUUUUAGUUUUCUAGUUGAAAAAGGUUAAAGAUUUGUUGCAACAAACCACACAGUGUAAUAACACUGAAGAAGUUUAUUCACCAUUUAACUAUUUAUUGUAUGUUUUUCUUUUAGUCAUUUGGAUGUCAACGGAGGGGUUAAAGGUUUCAGUACAUCAGGGUAUUUUUGUCCACAGGUAUGUCAAGUUGCUAAAAUUUCUUAGCUAGUGUGCCAACCUCAGAUUGGCUAGAAUUUAGAUUCUUCACUUGAUUUAUGAAAUGGAAUCGAUUUAGAUUUUUGAUGGCUUGACAGUGAAACUAACAAUUCAGCUGACUCUAAAACGGCUGCAGUUUUUUGCCAAAUGAUGUUGAUGUAUAGUCCAUGGCUCUACUGUCAUUGGCGCCUUAAAAACCAACAUCCCUCAAGACCCUUACCAUGCAGAAUUUAUUGCAGUGUUUCCUUUGUAUUUUUGCUUUGCAGUGUAAAAGCAAGUAUUGUGAUUUACCUGUAGAAUGUAAAGUAUGUGGUAAGUAACAUACGGGUGUAGUGGUUUAAAUAAUAGCUUUUGCUACAUUCUAAAUGCACAGGUGCAACCGGGUCUUAGGACACUUAGCCACGGGCUGCACGCACCCCACGUUGGACUAGUCUUACUUAGACGGCAAUCGUAGAACGUCAUCUUUUCUCACAAAUGAUUCAUUUUUAGAAGAUAAAUUCUCCUAGUCUUCACUAUAAUAUUUUUCAUUUUGUUUUAACACUACUUAAGUCUGUUUUAAUAACGGUCCCAUGCGUUUAGGUCUAGUUUAUAUGAAGACGCAAGCAAAAUCACAAAGAAGUGAGACACUUUCCGUAGAUAAUCGACCCUUUGUUGUAAAAACGGCCGUAAGUCUUGAGUCCUAACGGUCAAGCUGCUACUGUUUUUAAAAAUAUAUAUAUAUUUUUUAUUUUAUUGUUUUAAGGAAGAAGGUUACGUGUCGAGCUGGGUGCAAACUGGUGAAAACUCCUUUCCCUCAUUUUGCAGGCUUAACUCUUGUAUCAGCUCCUCAUCUGGCUCGAUCCUACCAACAUCUUUUCCCUCUACCGCAGUUCACAGAAAGAGAUUUGUCAGCGAUCGAGGACAAUCAAAACAUCAGGUAGUAGAGCAAAAGUUGUGCUGCUGUAUUACUUAGUAAUUCUGUCGUAAUUAAUAGGCGGUGAUCUAUUCGUUUCUUUUUGAAAGACAUUUUUAUCAAAAUACACUGCAAUGUGCUAAAAUUUAGUUUUCAAUCCCAUUUUGCUGUAUCCAGUUGCAAAUAUACUGGAGAUAAUAUACCUUUUUGGGGGCUCAAAUGGCCUUCCCAUGAUCUUGUUCUUGUGAUCCCCCCUUCUCCCCUAGUCAAGUUUGUUAGCAAUACGAGAUCAUGUUCUUAGGGCGCGAUCCAUUCAACCAAAAUUCCAACCGGUCCGACCGGGAAAAGUGGUCCACCUCAAAAGGUGGACCCGUUUUUUCGAAACUUUUCCGGUUGGACCGAACCGAUCCAUUGAGUUUUGGACCGAAAUUUCCGGAAAUUUUUGUUGAAUGGAUCGCGCCCUUAGGUUACACAUGCGGGUCGACUCCUGUCAAUUCCCUAUGGGCCAUCCCAGAGCAAACCAAAAUGAAGUUCUAUAGGGCCGUGAAUGACGUUUGCGUGUGCACAAGCUAGCUUGGGAACCAAACCUCCCAACGUUUUGCGAAAACUAGAUGACAGCUUAGCAACGAACAUUAUUUCGUCACUUGCCACAGUGAAAAAGCCUGUAAUGUGAGUUUCGGUCCACACAUCGCAAAGUCCAGCCGGAGGAAAAAGACAAAUUGUUGAGGCGAUUGUUCACUCACUCGUAUUUAAAUUUCUCUUUUUGUAGACAGAACCACUGUUUUGCCUGUCAGAAAGAAUUCACGGAAAAUGCUGUAAGUUACUUUUUGUCUGUUUCCUUGUUCUUAACCGUCAAGAACUCGACCGAAGUUUCACUGAUUUGUUAGGGCUUGAUUUAAAAUAGAUUUUUAUUAUUUUUUGUAAUACUUUAUUGACAUUUAGCGAUAACAACAAAGGACUCAAUACCAUAGGCUCAUCUACCUGUAAACAAAAAAUAUUACAUCCGAUUAUAAGCCCGACUGGAAACAAGUCCCCCUUUAGCUUGUAUUGAAAAGAAUUCGAUUUAUUAAAACGUUUUGAAGCCUGAAAAAAACAGUAAAUGCAAAACUAUUUUGUCCAGCACUGCUAAAGCUCCGGUAGAACGGGCAACAAAAACAGACAACUUGUUUUGCACCAUUGCUGCAAAACGAGUUGACUAGCGAUGUUGCGCGUUUUACCACCCACGUUCAAACCUGUUAACAACCUGAUUUGUUGCAAGACAGGUUUUCUGUGGGUGGUAUAACGCGCACAUCGGUAUUCAACUCGUUUUGCAACAAUGUUUCAAGACAAGUGAGUAGGCAGCAUAGCCGAGCGGUUAGAGCGUUGGACUUGCAAUUCGAAGGCCCCAAGUUCAAGUCUCGCUGUGACUGCCAGCUGGAUUUGUUCUCGGUAGUCCUGAGUUCAAAUCCUCGGCCACGCUUGUAAGUAGCCAAGUGGUUUGCCCCCGGCCAGUUGGGAUUGUUAACCCUAUCGUGUUUGAUUAAAAUUAUUUGUUUCAGGAAUUUUCUGGCCCUACUAGCAUUAGUGCUAUAAACACUGCCGAGGGUAAAUAACGGAAAUUUAAGUUGUAUGUUUUUUGUUGCCCGUUCAUUUUCUGUACCUUAAAGCUUGUUUAGAAGUUAUUUUUCUAUUCCGGUUUUAAGGCCCUCCCUCCUAAAAACCCUUACGAAAAUGUAUAACCCCAGGGCUUAUAAGCGACAAGAGACAACUGAAGAAUAUUUUAGAGGUUUGAGUUCACUGAUGCGCUUUUGAAAAUCAGGCAAUAAGUAAAAUAACUUUCUUUUUUUUUUUUCAGGUUUAUUGCUGUCCUCAGUGUGAACAUCUGUUCUGUAUGGACUGUGACAUCUUCAUUCAUGACUCUUUACACAGCUGUCCCGGAUGUACUUCCGCCCCACAGGGGGAGGGCUGAGGCCUUUCAUAGUUGUAAUAUUAUUUAUUUAUCGCCUACAAUAAAGAUGUUUGAUGCCAACUUUGUGAUGACCGCUUCCUGUUAUAAUAAAACUGCC